AUGUCUGUCUCUCGUCUUCUGCAGUUAGGGUCACCCUCUGUUAGAGAUGAGAUACGGCAAGAUGUUCAUUCAUUCCGACAUCAACAACAAUUGCAACGACAAGCAUUUUCAAAAUCAACCAUUCCAAUUUCUUGUGGGAAUGAUUAUAUUUCAUUAAAAACUGGAGAUGUCAUUCGAAUUAAGGUUAUAAAGGGAGAAGAUUUGAUACCGUGCGACCUCAAUGGUUUGUCUGAUCCAUUUGUUCGAAUUUAUGUCAAGGGAUUUUCGGAAGUACCUCAAACGACCGUGAUUAAAAAGUCGUUGAACGCUUCUUGGAAUCAAGAAUUUGCAUUUUGUGUCACAGAUCCUGAGCUGAGCUCCGUAGAUAUCGUCUUCAAAAUGAUGGAUAAGGACACAUUCUCGGAUGAUGAUUUUAUGGGGCAAGCCUCGGUUUAUCUUACCAAGCAAGACUUUCCAACCAUGAAUUCAUUUAAAAACUUUACACUCACUCUAAUGGGCGUCGAUCAUGGUACUCUAACGGUGUGUGUUGGAGUCUACAGAGGUACACUCAAUUGA